CCUUGCUCCCUUAAUCGCAAAGCAUGAGGGACCUUCGCUGCAUACAACGAGCGGAGCAUGCGCUUACACACAGCCAUGCGACGGCGCUCACGAGCCAUAGCAAGGUGGCAUACCUCGUCUCCCACACUAGACCGUCACCUGAUGGCCAGUGCACCUUCGACAUCGAAUCCAUCGACAUCGAAACUGGCGCCAGCAAGCACAUUCUUAACAUCGAUCUCGUCGCCUCGUCAGACACGUCUUCGUCACCGCAAUCUCAAGUGCGCUCUCUCGUGUACCUAUCCGAUGGCGGCUCAGCAGCAGGAGAUGAAGCAGCGCUCUGCCUCAUCACAGCGGGGGGAGACAUCCUCCUCAUUCCACUCGGCACCAGCGAUGAUGAUACCGAAGACCCUGAUGGCUCACCAGCACCGCCAGCGCAGAUUAUGGGAUCCGUAGAGCAAGGCAUCCUUGCCGCCUCCUGGAGCCCGGACGAAGAGUCAGUCAUUCUCAUCGUGGCAGAUGAGGACGCCCCUUCGAGUUCGUCUGCGGCGGGAGCGCGAGAGAAGCUCCUCGUCAUGAGCAGAGACUUUGAGGUGCUCGAGGAGAGGCUGAUACGUGAGCAGGGUAGGGGUGAGGAGCCCGUCAAUGUAGGAUGGGGAUCCAAGGCAACACAAUUUCAUGGAUCAGCAGGAAAGGGAGCCGCUGCCGCUGCUGCCGCCGCCGCCAAUGCCUCCUCAGACUCUUCAGCUACUCAGCAGCUCCGCCCCCUCGAUGAUGAUGAUGGCCUUCCCCACAUCUCCUGGCGCGAAGACUGCGCCUACUUCGUCGUGUCUUCUCUCGAGCCAGUCUCAGGCCGUGGAUCGCGUCGCCUUAUCCGAACAUUUGAGCGGUCCGGUCAGCUGAGUGCCCUAAGCGACGAGGGAGAGAAGGGGCUGAGCCACAUUGUGGCCAUCAAGCCUGUGGGGAACAUCAUUGCCACUUCGCAGCGCUUCUCUGCGGGUGCCGAGGGCGAGGACGAUUCAUUUGCUCGCGGAAGGGAGGGUCGACACGAUAUUGUCUUCUUUGAGCGUAAUGGGUUGAGGAGGGGAGGCUUCUCGCUCAGGGAAGAGUCGGGUGCUGCACUUGAUGGCAAGGAGGGAGGAAUCACUGAGCCGCCCUUGAUGGACAAAGAAGCUAAGGGCAGGCUCGAUCAGCAAGCUUCGUGGUCUCGCCCACACAAGAUCGUCGAGCUUCAGUGGAACGCUGACGGGAGCUGUCUCGCCGUCUGGCUUCGGCGCGAGGAUGGAAGCGACGCGGUGCAGCUGUGGACCAUGGCUAAUUGGCACUGGUACCUCAAGCAAGAGCUUACGCAGGAAGACGCACUGCUACGCUCGAUGCAAUGGGGUCGUCAAGAGGACACCCAGCUCAUCCUGCUCUGGCGUCAUCACGAAGCAGGCACCGGCUCGCUUCUGCAAUCGUGGCAAUUCCACUCAACAACGUACGCACAACGCAUAGCAGACAAGACAGCCACUUCCUCCGCGGUAGCGGUCACGGACGGAGGAGCACAGAGGCUCACCUUCUUCGACCAGCAGACCGUCCCGCCGCCCAUGUGCAGCUUGGUCCUUCCGACGACCAAAUCGGCCGUCUGGCGGUCGGUGCUUGACUUGGAGCAGUGGAUGGAGGACGGCGAUGCAAUGGGCGGCUUCACACCAAGAGACAAGGCGUGGGCUGAGAGGAGUGUGGGCAAGAAGCUCGUCAACGUGCUCGCAUUGCUACAUCCUGACGGCAAGCGCGUCUUCACGUAUGCCAUUGUCUGGGCGUCAAGGAAGGCAAAGCCAGUCGUCAGCUGCAUGGUCGUCGUCGAGGGUCAAUUGCAAGGUCACCAGGUCGCCAUCAACAUCGACGCUGCAUGUACGCGUUUGGAUGUCUGUGUGCUGGGCAGCGGGACGACGUGGCAUCGAUCCGCUGCUCUUCGGCUUCAAGCUGAGUCGCAUCAGCUGAAGAUGGAAGGCGAAAGCUCUCUUGCAUCGGUCUCUCUUCCUCAGCGUUCCGCCGUUCUUGCCGUAGAUCCAAGUCGCUCAGGCAAGGACGCUUUCGUCCUCCACACCAGCACUGGCGCGAUCGAGCCGGCACUGGCUGCGCAAGAGGAUCGUCUGCCCCUUGCGGACCUAGGCACCUUCUGCCCGUCAUUGCAAGUGCAAGCCACCUCGGACUUACAGCCCCUCUUCAUUGGCCUCUCCCCCUCCAAUACCCUCCUCUGCAGCGUUGAGAAUGCUGUCACCCCCUCCAAGUUGGCGCACGACGCCACGUCUUUCACCCUCUCCCCGCCCUUCCUGAUCUGGACCAACACAAGUCACGAGGCCCGUUUCCUCCCUCUCGACUCCCUCACCACCUCCCCCUCUGAAUCUCUAGACCGUCGCGUAGAGCGCGGCUCACGUAUCGUCGUGUCUUGCCCUCGUCAGAUGGCUCUCGUCCUUCAGAUGCCGCGAGGUAAUCUGGAGCGCGUCUUUCCUCGCUGCAUGGUGCUCGACAGGGUACGCUCCGAGCUCGACCGCGGGCGCUACCGCCAGGCAUUGCUGCACUGCCGCUCCCAUCGGAUCGACCUCAACUUUCUGUACGAUCACAACCCGGCCAAGUUUAUCAGCGACGUUGAGCAUUUCGUGGACCAGGUGGAUGAGACGGAUCUACUGAAUCUCUUCCUCUCGGGCCUCAAGCACGUUGCUCCCGAAGCGACGAACGCGAUUUGCUCUGCCUUCAUCUCAGAGCUCACAAAGAGGGGGAAGAAGCACCUCCACUCUAUCCUGACCGCGCACGUCAAGAAGCUUCCCGCGGACUACGAAGCCGCUCUGGCCCUCGUGCGAGACCAGGACCAGCAUGCGGCCUCCGAGGCUUUGGAAUAUGUCAUCUUUCUCGCGCCACUGGACUCGCUCUUCGACGUGGCACUGGGCAUGUACGACCUCACGCUUGCGCUCAUGGUCGCGCAGCACAGUAAAAAGAAGGACCCAAGGGAGUACCUGCCCUUCCUGCGAGAGCUGAGGGAAGUCAAGCCCCUCGAGAGGCAGAGGUACCGUAUAGACGACCACCUCCGACGUUACGGCAAAGCGCUCCGCUGGCUGGCACAGUGCAAUGAUGCGGAGGACGAGGCUAUGGAAUAUACCUUCACACAUCGCCUCUUCGCUGAAGCCUUUGAGAUCUGGCAAGGCGAGCCCAAGAAGUGGCGACGCGCCCAAGGCUUGUACGGGGAGUACCUUCUCGGAAGGCAAAAGUGGUCCGACGCUGGGCUUGCCUUCCAGCUUGCAGGGGACGUCAACAGAGCGCUGGAUGCUUUCCAGUCUGCAGGGGCCUGGCACGACUGCUUUGCUCUGGCGGCAGUGCAUGCCCCGCAGUCUAUUCCGCAGCUAGCGACGAGCAUGGCCGAGAGAUUGGAAGACACGGCCCGAUACUCCGAAGCGGCAAGGGUCAAGCUCGAGUACGGGCGCGAUGUAGAAGGAGCGCUGGACAGCUUUGCGCGCGCGCACGACAUUACGGAGUGUCGGCGCGUCUGCGCAAGGUACGGUCGCAUGGAUCUGGUGGAGACGCACGUCAAGCCGGCGGCACUGCAUUCCCAGUCUGUGAUCAUGGAUGACAUAGCUGAGAUGAGUGAGCAGAUGUCCAAGCAGGUUGCUCGCCUCGCUGAGCUGAGGCAGAGGAGCGAGGAGCAGCCGGGCGUCUUCUAUGGAGAUGGUGACGACGGCCCCGCUGGAGCAGCGGCGGACAUUGACGUCCAGUCGGACACGUCUACGCAGCUCACCCGCUUUACGCGCUAUACAAAGGCACCUACGCACGCGGGCACCCUCUCUUCGCUCUCAGCCACCUCGCAGGGAGAUGGCAGCAGUAAGAAAGGCAAGAAGCAGAAGAAGAAGGACGCAAUGGCAAAGGCAUCGGGUAAGAAGGGCAGCGUCUACGAGGAGGACUACCUCUACGAGUCGUUGCGCAAACUGCUGAACGAGAGGCUCGGAGCAGUCCAAGACGAUGCUGCCCGCUUAAUUCCAAACCUGGUGGUUCUUGGCCCCUCCCACCGGCUUGCGGCUCACGCCCUGCAGCAGGCGCUGGACCGCUUCGAGGAGCAGGCGCACGCGGCAAGCAAGGAGCUGUACGAUGUCGCUGUUCAAGUAGGUGUGAAGGCGGACGAGGCGCGCAUCGCCGCUCUGACCAACGCUUCGGGCGUUGCGGCGACGGGAGCCACACUCGACUUGCUGGCCGGGACGACACGAUUGGAUCAGGCGGCGCAGCGUACGCGGAUUGAAGUGGCGCAGCGCAAAUGGAGGAGCGAGAUGCUGGGCACCAUGAUGGGCGGUACGGCCGCGGCAGUCAGUAGCAACAAUGGCGUCGCAGGGCGAUGAGAGCAGGCCCGGCGUGAUCGUCUCAUCGCCACCUUGUCGACGUUGCUGUCUCUGCUCUCUAUACGCCCGUGCCUGCCAUUUUCGCCAAUGCAAUCCUGUACUCUAGC